GACAUCUCCCUCUUUUACUCCACCACCGUCCUAACAACUGCGAAGUGUAUAUUUUACUUUCCUAAAAAUGUCUGCAACGCAAAAAGUACAGCAACACCCUGCGUUCAUUCAGGCGCAGAACAAGGCCAAUUACUACAUCAGUCAGCUUGACAAAGAGCUCACGAAAUAUCCCGUGUUGACCACUCUCGAGCAGCGCACUCAGGUCCCAAAGACUUAUGUUGUCCUUGGCUCCGUGAUUCUUCUUACGCUGUUUCACAUCGUCAAUCCCCUGGCUGCUCCCGUUUCCAACCUUGUUGGGUGGGGUUUACCCGCCUAUCUCUCUUUCAAGGCACUGGAGACUCCCGGUCACCAGGAUGACGUUCAGUGGCUUACAUAUUGGGUAGUAUUUGGCUUCUUCAACUUUGUGGAAAGUUUUGCCCUACGGAUCGUUCUCUAUUAUCUUCCUUGGUACUUCGCCUUCAAGACAGUGUUCAUUCUUUGGUUGCAACUGCCUACAUUCCGCGGCGCACAGACGACGUACUUGACCGUUCUUAAGCCUGUCUUGAUGAAUAUUUCAAAUUCGUCUCGUGCUGUUGCCCCUACUCAGACUGAGACUACCGUCACUGCUGAAGGUCUCCGUGAGCGUGUUGCCACCGCUAAUGCCGAGUAAUUCUGCCUUAAUACUACGUUUACCUUCACGUUAUGUCGUAUUUCUUGUUGUAUGCGAUUUGAACACGAUUAUAGAACCUUCUCUUAUCCGGUAUUUAGGAGUCGCCUUUUAGUUGGCACUUCUGUUCACGUCUCAUCACGUCACUUUCUACGUACUUCUACCUGGUAUAUUAAAUGAGAUUUCAGCUUGUUCCGAGUUUGAAUAUUGAAGUAUCCGGGUCAUUGCCUCUCUUU